AUGGAAGUGUUCUGGACUCGAAAAUUAAAGCCGCCGUCAGGUGGUCACACCGUCAUCGUGCCUUUCCCUCAUAACAUCGACCCGAGCUCCGUGACGGAGCCUCUCGGCAAGAUUCCUUCACACGGUUCGCGCGCCUCGCUCUUAGGGGGCUCCUUUGAUCCUGCCUUUAGACGAGGGGGAGGCUUUCGCUCCAGAGAAGGGUAUGCGAACGUCGCUCCUGCGAGCAAGCCCGGCGGGAUGUACAUGCCCAACACCCACUGGACCUGGUCCUUUGCGAUCGUCACGCUCAUCCAAACACUAGUGACACUGGGUCUUGAAUGUUAUAUCUUCGCCAACUUCCAGAUCCAAGAGAUUCCGAACGACAGUCCCUCGUCCAAAACUAUCCCCACUUUCCUCGCUCUUUACUCCUUCGGUUUCCUCUACGAACUCGUUUUGGUCUACGAUGCCCUUCGCAUGAAGAACACGAUUCAGGUCAUCGGGUUGUGUAUUUGCAAUAUUGGACUCUUGAUUUAUGGCGCUGUUCAAGUGAACCAGAUUCGAACUGCAGUUUCGGUUUUGGCCGAUAUGAACACCAUCAGCCCAGUCGUCUGGGCUCAGUCUGAGCCGUUCCUGAUCAUCAUUCCGUGUAUUGUCGCAUUGGGGACAUUCUUGAUGACAUUUGUCGCUUGGAAGCUGUACGAUGAGUUCGCCUGGACAAUCUACAAGCACAUUAGUGCCGAUCUGCAGAUGAAACGCCGUUAUCUUACCUAUCAGAUCUACAUCGCGCUGUUGAAAUUCGAUUUCUUCUUCUUCCUUGGUUUCACAGUCCAGUUCCUGGUCUUGGUCUCCUCGUCCAAGAUGGACGCCGAGUUCGCGCUCACUGUAGCCGCUAUCCCAGUGACAAUUCUCAUUCUGGUUUGCGGCGCAUGGUUCGUGCGACGCGAAACCACGACGGGCAUGGUCUGCAUUAUUCUCCUCUUGUUCGCAGCCAUGGCCUACUUCAUCUUCAAGUUGUUCCGCAUGUACGAUCCGCUAACCAGCCCACAAUACCUGCCCGCACGACCUUCGAUGACCUUCUUCGCAAUCAUCACCCUAGUCCUGAUUGUGAUCACCAUCAUCAACGCCUGUCUGUGCACGAACAACUUCAACCGCGGCCUCAAGCCCCACAUCAAUAAGAAGAAGAACAAGUCGGAAGAAAAGACGACCGAGCUCUCUUCAAACCUCACCCAAGUCCCCUCACGGAUGAUGAUCGACUAA